AUGUUCGAAAAAUUGAUAGUACAAGUACUAAACAAAGUGCUGGGUGAUUUCAUCGAGAAUAUCGACCCAGCCUAGCUCAACAUUUCAGUUCUGAAUGGAAAUGUGAGUCUGACCAACAUGAAGCUGAAGCCAACACUCUUUGACUCAAUGCCUUUUCCCUUCUCUUUAGCUUAUGGUCAGAUUGGCACAAUAAAUCUUAAAAUUCCAGUUUGGAACCUGCUCAGUCAGCCCCUGGUUAUAGAGAUCAGAGAUGUCUUCGCAAUCGUAAGGCCUAAGCAUAUAAAGGAGUGGAACGAAGAAGUGGAAAUAAAAUCCUAUCAAAAAAGCAAUCAAAGCAUGCUAGAGUAAUAUGAAUUAUUCACCACAAAUACAGAAUCCUUAGUCAAAAAAGAUCCCUCAUCUAUUGAUAAGAUGGUGACUAAGAUUUUGGAUAAUUUGGAAAUCAGUAUUAAGAAUAUAUAUGUGAGAUACGAAGACAACUUCAGCGCCUCCAAUCAUGGACAAGGAAAAUUCGUGAUUGGUAUCCUACUCAAGGAAUUCAGUACUUUUACGACCGGCGCUGACUGGAAAUCAAAGUUCAUGGCCUAAGGGGAUGAUAUCACCCACAAACUGGCUAAAAUCAAGAACUUUACAAUCUUUAUGGAUUACGAAUUUGAGGAUCCUGAGCAGUAGUAGCUGAUUUAGCAAGAACAGAGAGGAGUCAUAUUACUAGAUGACCCUGGCAAAAAGAAGAAGUUUGAGUACAAGAUUGACUACGAAGGUCUGAAAGCUGACACGAAUAAUAAAGUCUUCAUCGAAAUCAUUUAAAAUGAGUUCCAAAAUCCUGACAUCAAGCAUGCCUACAUAGUGGAUAGAUUUUCAAUGGAGGCCAGAAUAAAGCUAAACAAAGACCCUAUCGCUAAUAAACUUCCUUAGUUAUAGCUCGAUGUGUUACUUGGAGGCUAGUUCAAGAACAUAGAUUCAGAUGACCAAGAAAUAGCUAUCAGAUUCUUUGUUCAUUAACCUUAGAUCAUCAGAUUUUUAAAGCUAAUCGAGUUCAUAGGCUAUUAUAAUGAAUUCUAAAAGGGGGCUUUAACUAGAUUUGUUACUAAACCAUUGACCUAAGAUGUCUCUGAUGAAUACAUCAAAUAAUAUUUGGGAUGGAAGACUAUCAGUGAUGAUAAAAAGCAGGUCAAGUAGGCGGAAGAGAGGAGAAAGUUGCUCUCUUUGAUUGAGGAUGAGUACCCUUGCAGUAAGAUGAUAGUACUAAGGAAAUUCGCUAAUAGAGUACUAUCACAAAAAGAGGAAGUUAAAAAAACACAAGAUGAAAUAGAGUAAAAGGUCAAAGACCUGUCAAAGCAACUAGUUGGAUGGGGACUCUUUACCUCUAAAGAAAAGAAAGCUUAAUAGUAAAAAGAGAUUGAUCAAUAUAGGUAGAAGUUAUAGAGUGAAUUUCAAAGUAAGCUGGCUGAGGACGAGUAAGAACUAGACAAGGAAUUGCAGAUCUUGACCAAAGAUUUAAGUAGUCAUCAUAUAGUAAACUCAGAAGAUUUCGAUAAGAUGGAAGAUGGAUACAUAAGAUUUAAGAUCAUGCUUAAGAUCCCAUAAGUUAAACUAGCACUGAUGAAUGAAUUUGAGCAAGAUAUCUUUGAAGCAGUAGUGAUAUAGCAAGAGGUAUUUAUUGACCUUGGAAAGGCAGUAACAACAGUACUAUAUUAAAUAUCAUCAUUUGAGGUGCAAGAUAGAUGGACUGGUGCUGCAUCUUUUCCCACAAUCCUUGAUACCAAAGAACUUAACAAUUAAGGCUAAGUGAUCUAAAAUUAAUUAGCGUCAAGUUAGGUAGCAAAUGCAUUGGUUUUCAAACUUUCAACUAAUGGCCCAGAAGCAGUAUCACCUUUUAAAAUAUCUUUAAAGAGUGAGAAAACCUUGUUCAUAGUUGCAAAUUUUCACUUUAUCAAGGAAGUGAAGCGUACUGUGCUCUCAGCUCUUCAGGGUGAAUAAUUGGACUUCUCCUUUUUCUCUGAGGCAGCCACCGAGCGUGCACUUUAAUACAUGUAUGCUGGAAAGGAAUUUCUCGAAGCUGUGAAGUAAGGUGAGUUUACUCAUCAAGCUUUGGAUAUCUCAAUCUAAUUAACAGCUCCUAUCAUUCUAGUACCAGAAAAUAUUUUUGAUUGUUAGAAGCCAGUACUUAUAGUAGAUACAGGUCUCAUCACUCUCGAAAGUUAGCUUGAAAAAUUUGACAGCAGUGUUAAUUAUAAAGCAGUGACAUAACCUCAUAAUAUAUAUGAUAGAUAUGAGAUACUACUGAGUCACUUUUAAAUAAGUAUACUUGAGGAAGGUCUUUAGUUAGGUUUAGAAAGCUUCUAAAGAGGACUUGGAUAGUAGAUUAUUUAGAAGUUUGAUUCCAAGAUUGUAUUGUUCAAUUGUUUGGAAGCUAUGCAUCCUCUGUUUCCAACUGCAGAAUUGGCCAUAGUUGUCACAUCAUUUGAAGUUCAAUUCGGCCUUAGAUUCAUUAAGUCCAUCAUAAACAUCUAGACUGCAAUUUUACAGUAAUUAGACACUAAGGAGGAUUAAAUAUUCAACCAGGUUCAGAAUAAAGAGGAAUUAAAAUAACUUCGAAGGCUUACUGAGUACGAGGAUAUAGUGAAAAUGAGGAAAAAAAGAAAUGAGUAAAACCUAUAAUAGUAAAUCAGUCAAAAUAGCACAGAUGAUUUUUACAAGGAUAUUCUUGAAGAAGCAGACCCAGAGGAGUUUAAAGAUGCUUUAGCUAUGGAGUAGAAGUAUUCAUACAAGGUACCAAACUAGGAAUUGAAAACUGAAAACAGAAUUACUAUAAUAAAUGAACUUGAGUCUAAUAACAAGCACACAAAUUUCAAGGUUUAUUUCGCAGUCGAAAAGCUUCAAUUAACUCUGAGAGAUCAUACAGUAAAUGAAAAAGGAGAGGAAUUAUAUGAAAAUAUCAUGAACAUAUUACUUCUGCAUUUCGGUGUUGAAGUUGAGAUUGAUAGGAAUCUAGACACAAAGGUCAAUUUGAGUAUUUAUAAAUUCCUGAUUGAAGAUAUCCAGAGAGAUGAGGCUAUUGCUUAGCCCUUUAGAGUAUAAAUUUUAAUCUUAAUUAUUUAGAUGAUACUCUCAAGUCCCUUGAAUGAACUUGCUAGAGUAAGCGAUCUUUCAGAAAAUGAGGACAAAUACUAUGAAGCUCUAAAUUUUGAGGGAAGUGUAAUGAGGAAGUCAAUGCUUUCAAAAACACAGAAGAGAUUCAGUGAAGAAGAUGAGUUCAAGGAUGCUCAUGAUUCAGAGGAAAAUGUGAUUAUUAAUGAGUGGGAGCUUAAUCUAACAAUUGAAGAGAAUCACAUUAAUAUAGAGUUCCAUGUCCAGGAUCUAAGAUUUGUAUUUGCACUGCCUACUGCUAAGAAAUUGAUUGAUAUAGGACUAAGAUUUAAGGACAUAUUUGAAGAUUAAUAAGCAGAGGAGUUAGAAUCCAAGAAAGUUAGAUUGGCUAUGUAUGAGUAAAUUUUGGACAAUUUAGAGCAACAAAGCUAGAAAUAAGACGAAAACCUGAUCAGAAAAAUCUUUAUGAAUUACUCAAAGGCAAAUAGACUUGAUGGUAUUGUGGGUAAGAUCAUGUAUAAAGAGGCAAUCUAGAGACUAUAUAACUUAUAUGACAUCCAUUUAGAUACUGAUGAAUUAAAAAAAUUGUCUAGUAGACCAGUAUCACUCCAACCAUAAGAUAAGUUCUCUAAAUCCAUUUGGCUUGAGCAUCUUUCAACUAAAAAUCCAAUUCUUUAUGAAAAGACCGAAUUAGUAAAAUCAAAGGUAUCUGUAAUUGCCUUUUUGAAACAUAUAUCAGUUUGUGUUCCUUUGAAUGCAGCUAAGGAGAACUCUUAAGUAAUGUAGCUUUCAUUCAUAUCAAAUUUGAUACUUAAGCAAGAGUCUAUGUCAAGUAACACUUAUGAGAUCACUCUGAAUGAGUUGAUUAAAAAAGAACCCAUUUCCUCCAGUGAUUAAUUGGCUUUCUCUAUCAGCCACUUUAUUGUUGAGAUGAUCAACACUGACAACUUUAUGGAUUUACUUAAUAAUAACUCAAGAAUGUCUUCCAGAUCUAGCAAAUACAAGGAGCAACAGUAGCUAUUCAAUUCUUGUGUUUUGAUUAACCCAAGUAGGCUAAAUAUCCAAAUGAGUAAUGACUACCAAGAAGAUACUCUAACUAAGAGGACUGACUUAAAUAUUAGUCUUGAGCCAAUAGAGAUCUAAGUUGGCUUUACUCAUAUUGAUUUCGUGAAUAUGAUCUUAAUCGAAGUACAGAAAACUCUUUCAUUUUUAGAAGAAAAACUGAAAGCAUCAGACGCUAAGCACUCUAUUCUUGCUGAACGCAAAAAGCUUGAGGUACAAAAAUAAGAGCUUUUAAAAGUAGAAGAACUCAAAUAAAAAAGAUCAUAAAACAAGUUAAAGCCGUUUAGAAAAUAUUAGAAGUCACCUGUAAACCAUUUAACAUUAAAGUUCGAGUUGGAAUCUCUGAUGCUAUCGCUUAAUGAUGACUCAGGGAUAGUAGAUCAGCCAUUGUUCCAACUCAAGUCUUCUAACACUAAUGUGAAUGUUACCAUCAAUGAUAAGGAAAAUGAUGCUGCAAGUUAUAUGCUUAAAAAGUUGGGUAUAUUCUAGCAAAGAAAUUAAAAUAGAUUAGACGAAGAAUAGUAUCUUAAGGUAGAUUUCUUCUCAAUGAUUAGUGGCAGAUACUAUAAUUAGAGAUCUCUGGCUUUUGAACCACUUUUGGAAUAAUUCUAUCUAAUUGCUUAAGUCUAGUAAAUAGCAUAAUUUACUCCAAUGAAUUUAAGAGUUCAGAGUGAGAAGAUGCUCAAUAUCAAUCUAACUUUUGGAAUGGCAUUGACUAUCAGAAAGAUUCUUGAUAGAAUCUAGGAAAGUUUUAAAGCUACAGAGAUAAUCAAGAAAAUGAAUGGAGAGCAGAAGGUUACAGUUGAGGAGUAUUCAAUUGCCAAAGAAUUUGAGAAGAGAAUGCAGUUAUCAAGUAAAAGAGACGAAGAUAGAAAUUCCAUGACAUAAAGAGCAGGAUUUAUAUUUGAAAAUCAUACUGGUUUAAAGGUUAGCGCAGAACUGCAUGAUAGAAUGAAAACAGAUCUAAUCAAGACCAAAUCUGAAGAUAUCAAAGCACUUAGCCAGAUUUCAAUGUCAUAGGUAUUCAUGCAAACUCAGACUAUCCAGAUGAGUGAAUCGAUCCACCAAUACGACACAAAGUUCGUUACUUUAGAUGAACUAUAUAAAUAGCACAAGCAGAUCAUGCUCAGAAAAAACAAAGGUCAAACCAUAGAAAGCAUAGAGGAAGAACCAAUGAAGAUGGACUUUGAUAUUGAUUGGCUUGAUAAACUUGAAGGCUUACCUAUUGAAACUCUUGGAGUUCAUUCUUAUAGAACCUCUUGCUUAGUCUAGCAUCAUAAGGAUAAACCAAAGGAAUCUUUCUUUGGCAAAUAAAAACCAGAGGUCUAAGUUGAUAGGAAUGUUGGAGUGAUACUAAACAUCAAAAUGGAUGGAUUGAUUAAAAAAGUGUCACUGGAAUCGCAAGUGCUUAUUGCAAAUAACCUAAGCAAGCCAGUUCAGAUAUUCGUGCAAGAAAUCAACAAUAAGAAUCACUACCCAAGUGAUAAUGAGAGAGCUACUAUUGACCCUGACUCAGUAUUCAAAGUACCUUUAAUCUGGUUGCUUGGAGUGAAGUAGUAUUCUUUAUUCGUUGAAGCAAGAGCUAACACUCAAAUGGUUUUGAAAAAUCUUCACGAAUUAUUUACUGAUCAAGCAGCUAUAUCUAAGCUCAGUGAUUCGAAUUCUACUAUUAUCAGGCUUUCCUAUGAUUAUCAUAUGAGCGUGGAUGUCUAAUCUUACACUUGCUUGCCAAAGAACCCACCUAAUGGUCCACCUUAGUACCUUGUCUCCUUCAAUCCACCACUUAUGAUAAGCAACUAUAAUUUCUAGCCUCUAGAAAUAAGAGAUGUUACUAAUGGUUCGUAACUAAUGGCCUUAAUGGGUCCUAAGGAAUCAGGCUAUUUGAAUAACAUAGAUGGCUAUAUAUCAAAGCCAAACUUGCAAUGGAUCUAUCAUGAUAAUCAAAACGAUGCACUUAUUCUAAAUACUAAGGAAUUCUAUGUACCUGAGAGAUUGAAUCAGCAGCAAGCUAUGGAAAAGUUCUAAAAUAAUCCUAAGAAUAAAAGGGACUCAAAAUAGAUGAAACUUGUAUUUGACAUUAGAAAGAUUCACUACUAAAACAUAAGGUCCUAUCAAGAGAAUUUUGAGUUGAGGGAGAGAUCUCUUCACAACAUUACCUCCUCAGUGUAGAUCAUGAUAUACCCUAAAUAUAUGAUGAUCAAUAAAACUUCCUUAUCUCUUAGAUGCGAGAAAGAUGAGCUAGAGCCAUUUACUAAUCAAUACUUUGUGCAUACAAGAAACAAGGUUAGUUUCUAGGUGCCUGGAUACAAAUACUCUCAAUACAUUGAUGUGACCACAGUUGGGCUUUCUGGACAAAUAGCUUUUGACCUAAACAACAAAGAUGAUGUCAGACAUUAACAGUUACCUCAGCAAAAUUACUUCCCACAAAAGAUUGAACUGGGAGUAGUUAUUUCAACGGCACCCUCACCAUUCAAUAAGACUAUACUAAUAUCUAUAGUGCCAAGAUUCUUAAUAGUGAAUUAACUAGGUCAUCCAAUAAUUUUGAAACAAAGAGGAUGCAAGUCUUAAGCUCUAAUGAAUGGGUCUCAGCUUCCUUAUAACUUUGAAAAAAAUUUAAAUAGACAAAUCAUGAUGAGACAGCCAACUGAUGCUGAAGUUAUGGCUUUUGCAAGAACAAAACGCCUAUACUAAGAUUAAGCAGAUGAUGAGCUUGAGUAUUGGUCGUAGCCUUUUUCUAUUGAUGACAUUGAAGAUUUCUAGAUAUCUUAUCCAAGUUAGACAAUACAUGAUCAUGAAUAGAGAACCUGGUAUCUAGCAUAAGAAAAUACUAACUAUCAAAGAUAUGUCAGAGUUAUUAUCACAACUUAGAAUGAUGCGACGAUUCUAGUAGUCUUGGCUAACCCUCAAUAUCCAGAGUAUGAAAUAGUAAAUAAGACUGAUCAAAUAGUUGGGGUAGCAUAGAUGCAAGAAACCUCUAUCUUGAAUGGACUUCAGACCUUGAAAAAGUAAAUGAUGCCAGAGGAGAUGAUUGUUGGAAGAUUUUCUAAGCUUACCAGUCGUGUCUCUUUGCCUUAUGUCUGGGCAGAUAGAACUUAUUCUAACAGAUUACUAGCUAUAAGAAUUGGAAACACAAUUAGAGAAAUCAAUAUUGAUAAAGCAAUGCAGAAAACCAGAAUCACUCUGGCUAACAGAAUCAAUUAUAAUGUUGAAGUUAGCGUAAAUGGCAAUGCCAAAAAGAUCAAGAUAUCUAACAUAAAUCAAGAAAAAGAAUCAUACAAGCAAGCACUCUAUCUUCAAUCACUAAUGAAGAGAAGGUUCAAUUCUAAACUGAACAUAGACCUGGACCUCAAAGGAAUAGGCUUGAGUUUUAUAGAUGACAAGCCAAGUGAAUUGCUAUUCCUGUCAUUAUACUAGCUCUAAGUGGAGUUAUAAUAGUGGACUGAAACAAGAACUGAUGGCUCAGCUUAGAUGGAGGAUAUUACUAGAGUUAAACUUAAUUUGAAGCAUAUUUAGCUUGAUAAUAUGGUAAAUGACAUCAUGCCAGUUAUUCUUUCUCCUGCCAAGUCACUUGGUAAUACAAAGGAUAAAUCUGCAAAGUAAAAGCCUGUGAGGGAGAUCGAAGAGUCAAAAGAGGAAAGCAAAUUUAAUCAGAGAGCUGAUAUGGUUCCAGCUGAUGAAGAUGCUAUACCGUUUGUGCAACUAAUUAUUACAAUCGCAUAGACAUAGGAUAAGAAAACCAAAGCUGUUAACACCAGACUAAGAGCUUUCUAAGUGCAACUUCAAGAAUUUAUGUUCUAAGCUGAAACAUCAAUCCUAAAUAGCAAUUUGAAGUUUGUGAUAGAACUAAUAUAGACCUUCACAGAUUAAUAGAAGUACAAUGUGAUAUUAGCAGACAGUGAGAACUUUGAAAGAACCAAAUCUAUGAGAAGAGAGGACAUUUGUGACUUCCUAAAUGCUACCAAUUCUUUGAUUGAUAAUAAUGAGACGAUACAUGCCAAUAAAAUGUUCAUUGAGUUAAUUCACUUAGGAGCAAUUAAAACAACUCUGACUUUCAAGCUAGAAAAGAAAGCUUUUGAAUUGGAUGUAUUUGAUCCUUCCCGUGGAUUCGGAAUCUUAAACUUAUUCUACUCUAUUCUAGCCAAUGUAGCAAGCAUCUCUAACUCUACUUUGUCAUUCAAUGAACUGAUAUUGACUGAUAUUUUUGUAUCUGAGGAGGUGCUGAUUCAGCAGAUUACCAAAAACUAUGCAAGAUAGGCCGUGAUGCAAUUCUAUAAACUGAUUGGAAGCUCAGACAUUAUUGGCAACCCAGUAGGUCUGGUGAGUAAACUAGGCACUGGUGUCUAUGAGUUUGUGAGUGAACCUACUAAGGGGCUGCUAAAAGGCCCAGAUGAAUUUGUGGGAGGAGUCGGAAAGGGAGUCUAGUCCCUAGUUUCUAACGUCAUUUCAGGAGGAUUCGAUUCAGUUUCUAAGAUCACGGGUUCUCUAUACACAGUGGUUAAGAAUGUAGGAGGAGAUAAAGCAACCGAGAUGAAGAAACCAGAUCAUGUGAUUGAUGGAGUAUACCAAGGAGUCAAAGGUGGAGUGAGUGAGCUAUUCUCUGGAGUCACAGGCAUAUUCACAAAGCCAAUAGAGAAGACCAGGGAGGAAGGAGCCAAAGGAUUCUUCAAGGGUGUAGGUUCUGGACUUUUUGGAGCUCUCUCUGCUCCAGUUACAGCCACGUUAAGAGCUGGUACUAGCAUUACUCAGGGAGUAGCUCAGACAGCCAUUAGUAUUGGGAAUAUUGGCAAAGAGGUGCAAAUUGAUACCAGCUCAGUCUAUGCAAGAUUCAGACCACCAAGGUACAUUACUACAAGAAAUGUGAUUACUGAGUUUGAUGAGGAAUUGGCUCUUGUGUCACUGAUUAUAAAUGACUUGUUCAAAGGCAAAUACGCUAACUAGUCAAUCAAGUACUUCUGCUAUUUACCUGAAACUAAGGCUAAUGGGGAAAUCUACAACUUGAAUCCUCAGUCCUCACUUGUCAUCAUUACUGAAUCAAAGAUUCUAUACUUGAGGCAAGACAGAAAUGAGAUUAAGAGAGCAAAGCCCUAGCUGAUAUUCAAAUCGUCUUUAAGAAAAGUAACUUAAUGUGAAGUUUACCAAUCGAGUGCAAACAACAUCAGAUCUGAACCUACCUACCUGCUAGCAGUUUAGUUUUACACAGUCGGCAAGGGCUAGCACAAGUUCAACUUCGUAAGCAUUGGAGAUUACACUAAGCUGGAGAAGCUCUAUAAUCUACUCAGCAUUCUGCCCUAGGUUGAAGGGGAAGAUAAAGUCAAGGGAACAAAAAGCAAAGCCAGCCAAAUUCUUGAGCAAUGCUUUUGA